CCGGGUGUGCGAGAGAUUGAGAACCAACAUGACCUCUUGUCGGUUGUUCUGCAAGACAAAACUUGCAGUGUAGUCAUCACUCUCCGUGAGUGCAAAACAACCCUACACUGUUCCUUUUUUAUGCGGCUUGAUGCAUUGCUAGGAAACAAAACUCUUCAUUCUAUUUCUUUGCCCUCAUAAAUUAACAUUCAGAAUUCCCACUUGUCUCUCUCUUAUUCUAUGUCCAAACUUGUUACUAGUCUUUAAUUUCCAGGUCUCCCUCUCUCAAUCUCCUUGAAGGUUUUGCCGUGCAAUUAGGCUUCAUGCUCUUCAAAUCUUAGUGUCUAAUUUAGCUGCCAGGGUGUGUCUUAAUUGAAGCUCCCUAGGGACCCAGUUGAUAGGCACAUCUCAAAUUUUUCUUCAAUUUCCAAUAGUUUUGCUGUUUUUGUCCUCUAUCUCUCUCCCUCUCUUAAGAUUUUUCUUUUUCAUACAAAUUGUACAACUAUAAAUUGUUUCCACUUUUCCAGUGCUACUAGUGCUACAAUAUACGUACAUUUUAUUCUCCUCCGAUAAUAAUAGUAUUAUUAGUAUUGACUAUAGUGAAAUUUAAUUGGUAGGUUUAGCACCCAGAACGUCAAUGUCAAGAUAAGCACAGGAAAAAGAACAGUUGUUGGUGUGCAAGUAACCCUUUGAUUAAGCCUGUUCUUCAAUUAGAGGGGAUGAAUUAGGGUUGAACACGUUACAGGACGAUCCACAAUCACAAAUUAAAGAAAAUCCAUUAGUGAGAUGAUGAUUGUUUAAGGAAAAAAUUAUCAGAUUAAAAAAAAAAAAGGAAUUAGCUAGGGGAAUGAGAUUAAGUUUUAGAUCUUGGCCUUCUUUAUAUUAAAAGUUGAUAAUCAGAUUUGAUGGACAUGAGAGAGCAAGAUAAGGUUAUAGAGAUGCCUAGCACUUUGGGUUAUAAUAACUCCUCUUCUGGUUCCAAGCUAUCAUCACCAAUAGGUGAAAGAAGUAGUGACCAAUUACCUCCUCAUCAAUCUCACACAUUAGUUUUCACUGAUCCACCCCAAACUUCUUCACAUCAUCAUAAUCUCUAUCCCCCUUCACUCCCACCAAACCCUCUUCAACUUCCACAACCUCAUCACAGACCCAGAAGAGAUCCAGAUCCAAGUUCUAUUAUUUCUCCUCCUAUCAUAAGCACCACCCCAACAACAGCACCACCACAACCACACACAACAACAUUAUUCAGAUACCGAGAAUGUCUGAAGAAUCAUGCUGCAAGCAUGGGAGGUCAUGUCACAGAUGGGUGUGGAGAGUUCAUGCCAAAUGGAGAAGAGGGCACCCCAGAAUCCUUAAAGUGUGCAGCUUGUGAGUGCCACCGCAAUUUCCACAGAAAAGAACCUCAUCAAGGAGUACUAGUAGAGUCACAACUACAACAUGUUCUUCUCAACAAAAACAAUAGGAACAUAAACACUAUUAUUCAUUCUCCAGACUCUCAUCACCACCUUCAGUUUCCUACACCACACUCUCAUCUUCAUGGUGGGCCGCCUGUUGUUCAGCCCGUGAUGUUGGGCUUUGGGGGAUCAGGCCCAGCUGAGUCCUCAAGCGAAGAUCUCAACAUGUUUCAGACCAAUGAUCAUGGAGGAGGAGGGAACAACUUGUUAUUAUCAUCAGUGCAGCAGCAGCCACCACUACUCUCAUCAUCAUCUUCAAAGAAGAGGUUCAGGACCAAGUUCACACAGCAACAGAAAGAUAGGAUGAUGGAGUUUGCUGAGAAACUUGGGUGGAAGAUCCAGAAACAAGAUGAACAGGAACUGCAUCAGUUUUGCUCCCAGGUUGGUGUAAGAAGACAGGUUUUCAAGGUUUGGAUGCACAACAGCAAGCAAGCCUUGAAGAAGAAGCAAAUGUAAUGUAAGCCUAGAUUAAUCAAUUAAUUAAUUCCAUCUCUUUAAUUUAGAUUGUUGAUUUUUUCUUUUAUAUUUUUCUGUUCAAUAAAAAUACUCCAGCCAGGCUUUAAACUCUUAGAGAUGUGAAUAUUAUACAGAUAAGGAAAUAGGUAGCUAGCUAGAUACAUUAGUUGAAAGCUGCUAUUAUGUAUUCUCAUCUGUAUGUUAUUAAUCAAAUUAAACCAUUCAAUUUAAAUUUGCAA